UUCUAGAUGAGAAAGUAAAUAGUUGUGUUUAGGAGACUGUUUUGCAAGACUGUAUUGUGGCUGGAUCUUGACUGUAAGCUGUAAUUUUUAGGCUGACAAACUCCUAGCAUUGGACAUGGCUGAACUAAAGGGAAAUAUUAUGAUUAUUGGCAGUGGUCUAAUCGGUCGCAGUUGGGCCAUGGUAUUUGCAAGUGGCGGCUUUCCAGUGAAACUCUACGAUGUUGUAAAAGAACAAGUUGCUUCAGCCCUGGAGGACAUACGAAAGCAGAUGGGAGAAUUAAAGAAGGCUGAUAUGCUCAGAGGCACUUUAAGUGCAGAAGACCAAAUGGCUCUGAUCAGUGGCUGCAGUGAUUUGAAAUCUGCAUUAGAGGGCGCCAUUUUCAUUCAAGAGUGUGUUCCUGAGAAUUUGGAAUUAAAAAGGAAGAUUUUUGCUGAAUUAGAUCUACAUGUGAGUGACGCAGCAAUAAUUAGCAGCUCAACAUCUGCCCUUUCACCAUCAAAGAUGUUUAAUGGACUCAAGCAUGUCAGGAACUGCAUAGUCGCCCAUCCUGUAAAUCCACCAUAUUAUGUCCCCUUGGUUGAAUUGGUUCCUCACCCAGAGACUGAAGCUUCAACAGUAGAGAGAACCUAUGAUCUGAUGAAGAAGAUUGGUCAGUGCCCUGUAAAAUUAACAAAGGAAAUUGAAGGCUUUGUGUUGAAUCGACUCCAGUUUGCUGUGUUUGGUGAAGCUUGGAGACUUGUGCAGGAUGAUGUAAUUUCACCACAGGAUCUUGACCUUGUUAUGUCUGAAGGACUUGGAAUGAGAUAUGCUUUUCUGGGUCCUCUGGAAACUACACAUCUUAAUGCAGAAGGCUUCAAAAGCUACCUUGAACGAUAUGGAGAGGGAAUAAAGCGUGUCCUAGCAACUUUCGGGCCUCUGCCAGAAUUUACAGGUGAAGGAGCAGAAAAAAUUGAACAGGCACUAUGGGAAGAUAAACCUAAUCAAAAGGAUCAGCUGAAGGCAAGGAGAGAAUGGAGGGACACUUGUCUGAGUCAUCUGGCGAAGCUUAAAAAUCAAAUGAAGAAACACUAAAUAAGCUUUUUUUUUCCUGUGAUGAGUCGUCGUAGGAACUGAUUAAUUUGACCUACUUAAGAAGCAUUGCAUCACAUUAUAGAGCUGUGCUGGGCAGCAUACGUGCUGUAUUUUUAUAUCCCAAUAAUUAUCAAUUGUAUAUGAAGUAAAAAUGAUUUUUUUAAAAAGUGAUGGAAUUUACAAAAAAAGAUGUAGAAAAUAUUUGUAGAAAAUAUAAUCUUGGCUUUAUAAUCUAAUCAAGCAAUAGAAUUGGUGAGAUGUUAUUUAACUGUUAUAAGGCAGAGCUUGAUUUUAAUAGUUAAAGGGAUAUGGAACCCAAUUUUUUUCUUUCAUGAUUUAGAUAGAGCAGGCAAUUUCAAGCAACUUUCUAAUUUACUCCUAUUAUCAAUUUUUCUUUGUUCUCUUUAUUUGAAAAGCAGGAAUGUACGCUUAGGAGCCGGCCCAUUUUUAGUUCAGAACCUGGGUAACGCUUGCUGAUUGGUGGCUAAAUGUAGCCACCAAUCAGCAAGCACUACCCAGGGUGCUAAACCAAAGCCUGCUCCUACGCUUACAUUCCUGCUUUUUCAAAUAAAGAUACCAAGAGAAUGAAGAAAAUUGAUUAUAUUAGUAAAUUAGAAAGUUUAUUAAAAAUUGCAUGCUCCAUCUGAAUCAUGAAAGAAAAGAAUUGGGUUCCAUAUCCCUUAAGGAAAGUUCAUCCAAAAUAAUGACUUGUAGUAAAAUAUCCGAAGUAGCAUAUUAUACUUAAAAAAAUCAGUCCUGCAUCUUUAUUUUUGUUAAAAUAUAUAAAUAUAUUAAAUGAUAGAAUGACAAGAACAACAAGCUUGUGUACAUGGGUCGCCAUCCCUUUAUCCACGUAUGCACAUUAUUGUUUAAAUAACUGGUGCACUGAGGGAAUGUCGGAGGGCGAUGAUGUCAUGUGAGAUGUUUUUGUAUUGCCUGUAUGUGAACACCAGCCAUGAAAUUCAGAGUGGGCUUACAUAGCUACAGGGGAAAAGUAUGUAGGCAAGUAUAACACUAUAUACUACCAGCUAAGUCAUUUGAAACAUUGGCCUAGAAAAAAUUUUUUUGUGAAACUAGUAUCUCUCAUCAAAAAAAAUAAUAAUUUGUGAAACUAUUAUCUCUCAUCAAAAAAAAUAAUAAUUUGUGAAACUAUUAUCUCUCAUCAAAAAAAAUAAUAAUUUGUGAAACUAUUAUCUCUCAUCAAAAAAAAUAAUAAUUUGUGUAACUAUUAUCUCUCAUCAAAAAAAAUAAUAAUUUGUGAAACUAUUAUCUCUCAUCAAAAAAAUAAUAAUUUGUGAAACUAUUAUCUCUCAUAAAAAAAAAAAUUUGUGAAACUAUUAUCUCUCAUAAAGAAAAUUGUGAAACUAUUAUCUCAACAAAAAAAAUAAAAAAAAUAGUAAAACUAA